AUAAAUUCAUUAUCUGAUCGCCUUCACAUUACACACAAUUCAUGUCAUGCCAUUAAUACGCGAUCGAUAUGAAUAGGUUUUACUUUGCAUGCGUUUCUGGACACUUGUGACGACGCGCGUCCCCAUCGUCUUUUUCCUUUUCGUGGAAUUAUUAAAACACCCUCAUAAUUAGCAAUUAAGCUGCGGUUGCCUUGAAAUGACAGCGUGUGUUUUAAUAUCGAUCAUCAUAGCGGAGCGCGUUUGUCUUUUCCUUCCAAAUGCAUCGGAAUCGGAUGUUCCCCAUAAAGCAGUCUUUCAGUCAAGAACGGAAUGAAAUAUUGAACGCUUCGCCUACUUUACAGUUUGCUGCACAGGAACAUGGACUUCCGCCAUUUUGCACUGGUAGAGUAAAGAUUAUUUUGAGGAGAGGAGAGGAUGCGCUGGAUUCCUUUUGACAUGGGAUUGAAGAUCCGCUCAUAUCACUACCAUCAGUUGUGCGUUAUGCAUAAUCACCAUCAUCAGCGGCACCAUUGGUUUAUGGGAUGAGCAUCAUCACCAUCAGCAUGAGUUUAUGGAUUAUGCAUCACCAUCAGUUAAAAUGGUCAUCACUAUCAGAUGACAGAUUAAGCAUUAACAUCAUUGUGCGCUACCCUGUUUCUCUUUCAUUUUCUUUGUAAAGGAAUGACAGAAAAUAUCCUCCUAAGGCGUACAGCAUUUGAAUUGCUAUCAAACGUAUCAUUUUACACAUCCAAUUUUACACAUUGCUAAAUUGAAACUUUUUCAGAUUGCCCUAGCAACUUUUUCUCUCGAAAGCACCUAGCAGCAAAUGCAGCUCUAAGUUUUAGUAAGCGACGCAUGCCUAGUAGUACUAGGAAUUGUUUAAUAACUUAAUAAUAAUUUAAUAGCUGUUCGGUCUGUAUACACUUUGUUUGUAGCUUGCACCUGCGAUUGUUAGUACGCUGUAAGAAAAAUAUCUUGAAAAAAUUUUAAUUGAUAAAUACGAACAAAUCUGAAUGAACUUUUUGCUGUGAUUUGAUGCAGUGACACAGUUUUGCCUCCCGAUCACGUAAUGACGUCAUCUUGUCACGAUGUCAUUUAGCAACAGUUCCGCCUUCUUUUAGCGACUUCUCCUGAAAAUAUGUCAGCAGCGCUUCAUCGACGCUCUACCUCUGAGGGAAGCUCUCGGCCGGUGCUCCAUGACUUCUGUACUAUCACGAUGUCCUCAAUGUCUCUGUUGUUAGUGGUACUGAGCAGAGUCUUGCUAUGAGUGCCAAAGCAGACCUGGAUGUCCUGCCCCACGAUGCAGACGUCCCGUCUGAAAGCAGCGUCUCUCACGCUCCCAGCGACAGUUCUGCGCAGCGGCUCAAACCCCAGGAUGCCACCGCUAUCAUUUUCCCAGCUUCUGCUCAUCCACUGCCGAAAGUGGAGCUGCCCCCAAAUGCAAUCAAGGCGAUUAAAGGCGGUGAGCUGGAGGCCGCGUCGCUUCCUGCUCAGGUCGGAGGGACGAUUGUCCAUGUUCUCGGCUGGAAGGAGGGAAUGGCCAUCCUGCCUGGAAGCAAUCUGAAGCUGUGUGUUAGUGAUACUGGUUCACUGGAAGUGAUCAGUGAAGGGAAAAUAGGCUCUGCUGACCUCACCGCUGAAGGAGUGCAGACGAAAGCGGCUGAUGUGGAGCUCAAACAGGCUGAAAAACCAGACGUCUCCGCGGCCGGAAAUGUCCGGCCUGCCGUUCUUGUGGAGGCCGACAGACUUAAGAGAGCGCGCGUGGAGGACGGUCCAGCUCACAGCAAGUGCGCCGAGACCACGGCCAAACAGACUUACCUGACGGAGCUACGCGCAGAAACCGUGUCUGAAAAUCCUGCAGGGAUUGCUGAAGCGCAGGUGAUCUAUCACGAGCAUGAAAUGCUGAAGCCCAUGAAGAAGAGGAAGAGGAGGGAGUACAACAGCCCAUCAGAGGAAGAGUCCGAUGCCGAGCCAAUGUUGCAGGAGAAAGCGGAGUCUUUAAAAAUGGAUGGCAGACAGAACAAAGCAAGCUCAGCAGACAGUAAACUGGAGCUGUGGUCCUGGCCGCAGUAUCUAGAGCAGCAGAAAGCCGUGGCCGCUCCGGACAGACUCUUCCAGGAGACCCAGAGGGUUCCCCUAAUAAAGAACAGCUUCAGACAGGGGAUGAAGUUAGAAGGCAUCGACCCCCAGCACCCCUCCAUGUAUUUCGUCCUGACCGUCGCUGAGGUCUGUGGCUUCAGAUUACGCCUUCAUUUCGAUGGCUAUUCUGACUGCCAUGACUUCUGGGUCAAUGCCAGCUGCCCCGAUAUUCACCCCGCUGGGUGGUGUGAGAGCACGGGACACAAGCUGUACACCCCAAAAGGAUGCAAAGAAGAAGAGUUUUCUUGGUCCAACUACCUAAAAAUCACCCGAUCUCAGUCGGCCCCGAAGGAGCUGUUCUCCAGCUCGGUCAAACUUGAGGCCGACUGUGGGUUCGAGGUGGGGAUGAAGCUGGAGGCCGUGGACCGCAUGAACCCGUCGCUCAUCUGCGUUGCCACGGUAACGGACAAAGUGGGCAACCGCUUCCUGGUUCACUUUGAUAACUGGGACGACACGUAUGACUAUUGGUGUGACGCUCACAGCCCGUACAUUCAUCCCAUUGGCUGGUGUCAGGAGAGAGGCCUCCCGCUCACCCCCCCUCAGGACUAUCCAGACCCUGACAGGUUCUCGUGGGAGAGGUAUCUGGAGGAGACGGGCUCGACAGCGGUCGCUCUCGAAGCGUUCAGGGUGCGACCCUCACACAGCUUCCAGGUGCAGAUGAAGCUGGAGGCGGUGGAUAAGAGGUGUCCGGGGCUGAUCCGCGUGGCUACGGUGCAGGAGAUCGACACCUACAGAAUCAAGAUUCAUUUUGAUGGCUGGAGUCACUUGUAUGAUGAGUGGAUGGAUUCAGACCACCCGGACAUCCACCCUGCAGGCUGGUGUGAGAGCACAGGACACCCCAUCAAACCUCCACCCUGCCAGCCCGCCGCCCAGAAGCCCGGGCCCCGCGAGACCCUGGCAGCCCGGCAGCCCAGCUUCUCCUCCAUGUCUUGUAAAAGUCUGCCUCAGCCACGCAGCACCUCCAAAUACAGCUUCCACCACAGAAAGUGCCCUACUCCGGGCUGUGACGGGUCAGGUCACGUGACCGGGCGCUUCACGGCGCAUCACUGUUUAUCUGGCUGCCCACUGGCUGAGAGGAACCAGGGCCGGCUCAAAGCCGAUCUCUCUGAUACAGAAGGAUCUAGACGCAACCUGCUGGUCUUCGGCCAGAGAGCCAAAAAAUCACGCUACCAUGGCAGGAUCGGUCGCCCUCCUAAAUAUCGCAAAAGUCAGCAAAGAAAUUGUCAGAGUAUGGCGUCGGAGGGAAUGUACUCGUCUCUGUUCAUGACAGCGUUUACGGCGAACUCGGACCGGACUCUGUCUCUCUGCUGGGAGCAGCACUGCAAGCUACUGCCUGGAGUCGCAGGGAUUCAUGCAGGUCAAGUAUCCACAUGGACUAUAGAGGAGGUCUUUGGUUUUGUCAAUAAUCUUAUUGGUUGUGAGGAUCAGGCCAGAGUUUUCAAAGAUGAAAUGAUUGACGGAGAGGCGUUCCUCCUCCUGACCCAAAAUGACAUCGUGAAGAUCAUGAAUAUCAAGCUCGGACCGGCGUUGAAGAUUCACAACGCCAUUUUAAUGUUCAAGAGCACAGAUGAAGGCCUGAAGUGAGCAGCUCAUCCUCAGACUCCUCGUGCCGUAACGAUCCAAUCAGAAUCCGAUAUCCAUCACGUGUUUGGUGUUUAACGUCUGAACCCACCAGAGAGAGAGAGAGAGAGAGAGAGAGAGAUCCAGGAUGAACCAUAAGAGACAGAGCAGCUCAGCUUCGACAAUGCUUUAUUUCAAAAGCGAAACGACACAUUCUGAUGAAGAACAUCUUGAUCUGAACCCAGCACGCAGGCUUUUACAGAUAGUGUUUUUUGUAUCUGGAGUGCUAACUGAAAUCUACAGUGCGUUGUGUGGAAAUAUCAGGGCAGAUUUCAGUCGAUUGGUGCUACUGGACCCUUUAUUCGAUCCCUGAUGAUGUUUAUGCACUUUAUAUGAGGAGCCACUCAAGGGACGCUGCUGUCCAUCGUUCGGGGACCGUUAACAAUAUUUGCCCUCGGUAACAAAGCGCUCCUGACAUUGUGGUGUUCAAAGAGAUUCUAGUUUAAAAACACGAGCUAUUUUACCGAGAUUAUCAUAUCAGCCUUGUUAUUUUUCAACUGUGUGAAUGAGGGGGCGAGCGGUAGUAACCCGGGUCAGGUUUUUAGGUCAUCUACGUUUCUCUCUCUGAUGGGGAAAUUUUAAUAAUGUACAGUUGAGUAACUGUGUCGUUCGGUUCAUCGACAUGAAUAAAUGUUUAAUUCAA